GGAACUCCAUUGGCAUCGGCAUCUCUCUUUUCGGUAUCUGCCAGAUUCAGGCCUUUGGCGUUCAGGAUAUCACCCUGCAAGAAAACCUGCUGUUUGCCUCAAUCAUUGCAGCUGUGGACCCUGUGGCAGUGCUUACUGUGUUUGAGGAUGUCAACAUCCAUGAGCAGCUUUACAUUGUGGCGUUUGGUGAAUCCUUAUUUAAUGAUGCUGUCACUGUGGUGCUAUAUAAUCUCUUUAAUCAUGUGGCGAUUUUGCCAGUGGUGGAUGUGGCAGAUGUGUUUCUGGCUGUGGCACGUUUUUUUGUGCUACCUCGCCUACCUGCUGGCUGAGCUGUUAUCCAUCUCCAGCAUAAUGGCCAUUGUGACCUGUGCCUUGACCAUGAAGUACUAUGUGGAAGAAAAUGUGUCCCAGCGCUCCUGCACCACUAUUAGGCACACCAUCAAAAUGCUUGGCACAGUGACAGAGACACUUAUCUUCUUCUUCCUGGGUGUUGUUACAGUAACAACAGACCAUGAGUGGAACUGGGGUUACGUCCUAUUUACUCUGUUCUUUGCCCAACUCUGGAGGACUCUAGGUAUCCUGGUACUGACACAGAUAAUUAACCCCUUCCGCACCAUCCCAUUCAACUUCAAAGACCAGUUUGGUCUGGCUUAUAGUGGCCUUAGAGGAGCUAUAACAUUUGCCUUAGUUUUCACCCUUCCAGAUACUAUUCUUCGUAAAAAGCUUUUCAUCACCACCAGCAUUACCAUCAUUAUCUUCACAGUCUUUGUCCAGGGUAUCAGUAUAAGGCCAAUUAUUGAACUGAUGAAUGUCAGAAAAACAAACCGGGAUCUCUGCACCAUUAAUGUUGAGAUUCACAAAAGGCUGAUGGAACACACCACUGCAGGGAUAGAGGAUCUCUGUGGACACUGGAAUCAUCACUCAUUAAAAGACAGGUUUAUGAGGUUUAAUAACCGUUUCCUUCGUAAGAUUUUGAUCCGUGAUGACCGGGCUGAGUCUAGCAUUGUGGCCCUUUAUAAAAAACUGGAGCUACAAAAUGCUAUGGAGAUCUUGGACACGGUAUCUGGUGGCAUCAACGCAGAACAAAUCGUAUUAUUAGAUAAGGAGGACAAGUUCGCCAAACCAAAAAAGACAUUGUUGACGACAGAUCUGAGUGGCAUGCAUGAUAUUCUGUCAAAGAACAUGUAUAAGAUCAGAGAACGGACGGUGUCCUACACCAAUAAACAUGCCCUCCCUAAUGAAAGUAGAGACAGAGAGAUACUAAUGAGGCGACACGCCAGCAUCCGACGCAGUCUUAGACAUAGAAGACGCCAAAGCGUGGAGGCUCCAAAAUAUUUUUCUCUUCCUGUUGGUCAGAGUCUUAACUCUCAAUUUGCUACAGAAAGGCUAAACAGAAAUGGUGAUGCUGACAUUGUGAUAAAACCUAGCUACCCUCCAGCCAGGCCCAGAUCUAGACAGCCUUUCCGUACCCCCUCCAUGCCAGCGACAUCUCUGAGGAGGCUGGAGCCCUUUAAGGAGGCUACAGUAGAUGAGGUAAAUGAAGAGCAGGAGGGGUAUGGCUUAUCAAUCCUGAGCUCCGGCUCCGCUUCUUUCAGGCUCUCAGCUCCACAGCGGCAUUCGCAAAACUGGACCAGAGACUCUGAGCCUGAGGGAGAAGGGCAGCAGAUGGUAUCUCCCCCGGCGAUAUGGAGCCCAGAGCCUCCUGAGCAAGGCAGCGGUGAGGCAAGAAACCCUCUGCUACGGAGACCUCAGUUGAAGCCACAGGAUCGACAAGGCCAGCCAAAGUGAAAGCCACACUGGAGGAAAUAGUUAACAAAGCACAAAAUCUGUGUUUUGGAAUAACCAUUUCAAUCCCCAAAUUUGAACCCUAUCAAAAAAUCUGAGGUCUGAAUUGAAGACUGAAGUUCAAAUGCACAAUCCUAACAUUAUAAAAUAGCUUAAAAUGUUCUGCAUGAAGGAGUGGAUCCAAAUCCCUUUACAUGUGAUUUGAGCCUUGUUAAACAUUACAGGACGUGAUUCAGUGUUGUUAUUCACUUCAGGGUCGGCAGCAAUAUUCUUUUUUAGGAUGUUCGAAGUUUUGAAACCACUGUAUUGUAAAAACAUUGCACUUUUUUUUUUUUAAAUAAAGCGGUCAAAAUCAGGUAGAAAACAUUUAAUUAUUAACAAUAUUGCUAUUUUCUUACUACUUACCAGUACUAGUGCACUCAGCAGGCUACUUAGUAGAAAUAAUGAUAAGGUUGCUAAAAUGCUCAAAUUUUACAUGUACUUUGACAUGACGGUUUAAUCCAUGAUUUACAAUCAAAUUUGACCAUGCACUUUAAUGAAUAAAGCCACUGUAACUGUAAUAACUUGAACUGUAAUUAUUCGAUACCAAUCUAAACAAUAUAAUACAUUUUGAUUGAUUGUCCAUAUUAACAGAUGAUUUUAGUGUGUUUUUAAAUGUGAGAAGUUUUUUUUUUUUAACAUUUUCCUGUAUAGUAAGAUGUGGAACAUCCUAAUAAAAAUUAGACGACUAACUAAAUCAGUGCACCAAC